GGUUAGCUGUGUUAGAUGGUGGAUGGUUAGCUGUGUUAGAUGAUUAGAUGGUGGAUGGUUAGCUGUGUUAGCUGAUUAUAUGGUGGAUGGUUAGCUGUGUUAGCUGAUUAGAUGGUGGAUGGUUAGCUGAUUAGAUGGUGGAUGGUUAGCUGUGUUAGCUGUGUUAGAUGAUUAGAUGGUGGAUGGUUAGCUGUGUUAGCUGAUUAUAUGGUGGAUGGUUAGCUGUGUUAGCUGAUUAGAUGGUGGAUGGUUAGCUGUGUUAGCUGAUUAUAUGGUGGAUGGUUAGCUGUGUCAGUGCUGUGCAGGAACAAAAGCCCAGAACUGGUGUUGGAUAAAUAACUCUGUAACUUUGUGUUUGUUUUUUUCUUCUCAGGGACUUAAAACCUGAAAACAUUCUUCUAGACGACCGCGGACACAUCCGUAUCUCUGACCUGGGACUAGCCGUCCAGAUUCCCGACUCAGAGACGAUACGAGGGAGAGUGGGAACCGUAGGAUACAUGGCCCCAGAGGUGAUCCAGAAUGAGGCCUACUCCUUCAGCCCUGACUGGUGGGGUCUGGGCUGUCUGGUGUUUGAGAUGAUCCAGGGUCAGUCACCCUUCCGCCGGCGUAAAGAACGAGUGAAGAGGGAAGAGGUGGACAGACGAGUGCGAGAAGACCCCGAGGAAUACUCUGACAAGUUCUCUGAGGAGGCCAAGGAUAUCUGCAGACAGAACCCUGUGUCACUUCCUCUUCCUCAGCUGCUGGCCAAAGACCCCAAAACCCGUCUGGGGUGCCAGGGGCGAGGCGGUGUGGAGGUGAAGGCUCAUAUCAUCUUCAAGAACAUCAACUUCAAACGCCUCGAGGCAGGCAUUCUGGAACCCCCCUUCAGUCCUGAUCCGCGGGCGGUAUACUGUAAAGAUGUUCUGGAUAUAGAACAGUUCUCUACAGUGAAGGGAGUCAACCUGGACCCCACAGACGAUGACUUCUACCACAAGUUUGUUACAGGAAGUGUCUCCAUCCCCUGGCAGAACGAGAUGAUUGAGAUGGAGUGUUUUAAGGAGAUCAACGUUUAUGAGACCGACGGCCUGCUGUGUUCAGAUCUGGAUGUGAACAGACCCAACCCACCGCCAAAGAGAGGAUUCUUCUACAGGCUGUUCAGACGAGAGGCAAGUGCUGCUAGCUCUCCUCCCCCCGCCGCCGCCGUGAGAGGCGGUGGGGGUUAAGGUCUGUUUAAAGAGUGGCUACGAAGACGAAGAGCACGAGGAGCCUUCCCGACUUUAAACCACUCCUGCUCCCUCUCCCUCUUCUCCUCCGUCCUUCUUCAAACGCCUCCCGGAGCGUAAAAUGUUAGGAACCUCGAUGAAUGUUAAACCUGUAUUUAUGAUAUGUAUUAAAAGUGUAUUAUAAUAAUUAAAGAAAAACAUAUGAGUUUAAAGAUUUUGUACAUUUGUACUUGAAUUGUGUCCUAGAUGUAUAUUUUCACUAAAGGUUGUAUUGUAUAAAAGCCAUAUUAAGUACCACUUGAAUGCAUAGAUACAUUUUGUCAACGUUUUUUUUUUUGUUGUUUACGUUUUUUGUUUAUUUGUUUUUUUUGGAACGAAAAUGUAUAUUAAGGAUCUUGUUUAUUUUUUAAGAAGCACAGGCCUCGUCCCAAAUGGCAGCCUAUUGCCCUAUAUAGUCCACUACUUUUACCUAUGGCCUAUGGGUCCUGGUCAGAAGUAGGGCACUGUGUAGGGAAAAAGGGGUACUAUUUGGGACUGAACCAUUGGUAUCAGUAGUCUUUUUAUUAGUUUUCUCGAUGGAGCCUUUGUUUGUAUGUACAGUAUGUCUACGUUUCCAAAUGGCGCCCUAUUCCCUGCAUAAUGUAGUGCACUAUAUAGGGAAUAGGGUUCUGGUCUAAUGUAGUGCACUA